AUGAAAAAAGAUUGUCUACCACCAAAAAAAGCUGUCCUCAAAGUCGCCACCGAGUUCGUCUCUCUUACUGGAGUGGGACGAUCUCAGCCAAUUCUUGGUCUCCCAAAGCAAGUCCAAAACGAGAUGGACGACCGCUUUUUUGCCUCUUUUGCGGCAUUCAUUCGACGCACCCAGUUCACACGGCGAUUCCCUUCCGUUAACUCGGAUCUCAUGCUGCUUGUGCACACCUCGCAUCCGUUACGCCAUGCUGCAAUCGCUAUCGGUGCUCUGAACGCAAGUCGAGAGGGUGCUAUUAGUGUGCUGCGUGGACGUGACUCUCCCAGUAUCAUUGCUUUCACAUAUUAUCGUAAAGCAAUACUCUCCCUCAAAAGUAUACUUGCUGAAAAGGAUGUGGCGCAGAGAGAGGAUGUACUAUGGAGCACUUUCUUAUUAGGACUUUUUGAGCUCCUCGCCGAAUCCUCCGGUGAAGGCUGGGCGCAGCACAUGUUCUACGGUACCUCAAGGAUUCUGCAAUUGUCAGGGCCAGCUCAGCACAUGUCUUCUCUAAGGCAGGUCCUUUUUGAAGCAUUUCGAAUUCUGGAGGCGAAUAGAGCCAUUCUCUAUGGUGUAGAUACCAUGCUUUCCGAGGAUGCUUGGGUAGACUUCCAGCGAGAUCUCACAUCUAGCAGGGAGGAGUCUUGGUGUCCAAUUGAAACUAUAUCCUCUCUUAUUAUUCAAACCUCUUCCUUCAACAAAUGCUUUUUGGAUGUAGCAGAAAAUAUUUUUAGGCAACAACAUUUGGCAGACGCCUCCAUCCGUGCACUAGGGGAACGAGGCUUUAAAAUUCAAAACCUGGUCCACCAGUGGCACGAUGAAGCGCUAGCUCGGAUGUACAGUUCUGAUGACACUGACAUCCAUUUCCAGCUUAGCCUAACAUACUACCAUGCCCUUCUCCUAUUUCUGUCCCGAAACUUCACCUACUAUUCGUACUGGGACCGAAUGACGGCGCCGCUCUUGUCCCAAUACGACAUUGAUAGCCACAUCGCGGCUAUUAUAGCCUUGGCUGAGCAAAUAUUAGACGCGUCCGUCAUCCCGGGUGUCAUGCUUCUCUUUCCUCUACGAUUAGCAGGGUCCCACACCAAAAAUUCUGACCAGAGGCGCAGAAUUUGGAAAAUCUUGGAUCAAGUGCAUUGGAAGGGUUUUAUUGUCUCAGAUCGGAUCAAGACGGAUCUGCAGGAGCUGUGGCAAUAUCAGGGGUUGGAAAUGUGGAAUCUUGGGCCUGUGUAGAGGAGAAAUUCUGCGUAGUGUCCCCACCUCACGGGCCGUCUCGACAUCAAACGAACCACUCCUAUCUAGUGGUGAACACCAUACAUCUCAUAGCCUGAGCACACCCAGCCACUGAGCUAUCUGCACCACUCAGCCAGAUCAUUUUAAAUCCGAACGGCACCAGCG